CACAUUAGCAAAACAUAAAUUUCUAUACACUUUCUCUUUCCACCCAACAUGAAGGCCAACAACAUUCCAUUCUUCCAUAUUAUCUACAACAAAAUUACACCAAAACACAAAAUAUCAAUACAUUCACGUCAGCGAAACACUUCUUCCAAUUCAACCACAUAAACAAAACCCGUUUUACAAUACAACCACAUCAACAAAAGACAACAUUUUUGUUGGGCCAGCAAAACUCCACCUUUUCUCUUCUCCAAAACCGCAUCCACCUCAAAUUUCCAAAAACCCAGUAGCUUGUCUAUAAAUUAAGCCAAAACCCAUUAACAAAAAGACUCAAAGACUCCACCUUUUCUCUUAUACAACCCACAAACACCACCACUUCCAUUCCCCCACAAAUGGAGAACAAAAUGAGGGAAUAUUGGACGUCUCUAGCAUCAUUACUUGGUGUAUUGGCCUUCUGCCGGAGUCUCCUCCAGGUUGUUUUUCCACCAGAACUCCGAUUCGCCACUCUCAAGUUCUUCAAUCGGAUCUUCCACAUCUUCUCCUCUUACUGCUACUACGACAUCACAGAAAUCGACGGCGUCAACACAAACGAACUCUACAACGCCGUACAACUCUACCUGAGCAGCUCUGCAUCAAUCACUGGUAACCGAUUGAGCCUCACCCGCGCACUCAAUUCAAGCGCCAUUACUUUUGGUCUCUCCAACAAUGACCGCAUCUUCGACACCUUCAACGGCGUCGUUGUUUUAUGGGAACAUGUGGUGACGCAAAGGCAAUCACAAACCUUCUCGUGGAGGCCUAUGCCGGAAGAGAAACGUGGCUUCACUCUCCGAAUCAAAAAGAAGGACAAGACUCUGUUUCUUGAUUCGUAUUUGGAUUACAUUAUGGAGAAGGCCAAUGAUAUCAGAAGAAAGAAUCAGGACCGUCUGUUGUACACGAAUUCGAGAGGAGGAUCGCUUGAUGCGAGAGGGCAUCCAUGGGAGUCUGUACCAUUUAAGCAUCCGAGCACCUUUGAUACUCUGGCUAUGGACCCAAUCAAGAAGAAGGAAAUCAUGGAUGAUUUGAAGGAUUUCGCGAAUGGUCAAGUGUUUUAUCAGAAAACAGGGCGUGCUUGGAAGAGAGGGUAUUUGCUCUAUGGUCCUCCUGGUACUGGUAAAUCAAGCAUGAUUGCUGCCAUGGCUAAUUAUCUUGGCUAUGACAUUUAUGAUCUUGAAUUGACAGAGGUGCACAACAAUUCUGAGCUAAGGAAACUCUUGAUGAAGACUAGUUCAAAGUCAAUAAUUGUGAUCGAGGAUAUUGACUGUUCAAUCAAUUUGACUAAUAGAAAGAAGAAUACUAGUACCAAUUCCAGGUCAAAGAAUUCGUAUGACCCGGAAAUGCGAUCUGGGUCUGUAGGUUCCGGUGGUGGUGGUGGUGAUGAUGGGAAUAACAAUUCGAUAACCCUUUCCGGUUUGUUGAAUUUCACUGAUGGGCUAUGGUCCUGUUGUGGGAGUGAGAGGAUAUUUGUGUUCACUACCAACCACAUUGAGAAACUAGACCCUGCAUUGCUUAGGAGUGGCAGGAUGGAUAUGCACAUUUUCAUGAGCUACUGCUCGUUUCCGGCACUGAAGAUUUUGUUGAAGAACUAUUUGGGGUAUGAGGAGGAGGACAUAGAGGAUGGAAUAUUGAAGGAUAUGGAGAGUGUUGUUGAUAAGGCAGAGAUGACUCCGGCGUAUGUCAGUGAAGUUUUGACUAAGAACAGGAGCAAUAAGGACAAGGCAGUGAGGGAGUUGUUGGAAGCGUUGAAAGAGAAGACAGAGAAGAAUUUGAAGAGUAAGGGAGUGAGGGAAAGGAAACAGAAUGGUGUGGAGGAAGAAGAAGAGGAGGAGGAGCAGGAGAAGAGGGCUUUGGAGAGUCCUAAAGAAGGUUGUGAGUUUGAGGAGAUUAAUGUUAAGAAAGGAGAGGAUGUUGAUGAUGAUAAUGAGAAAAUCAAAUGAUACAAGUAAUGCAAUGCUAGAUUUUAAUUUUUUUAAUUUCCCUAUUGUGAUGCAUAUGAAAAGGCAGGGGAUUUGGUUCUUAAUUUUGUUGGUGGGCUUUAUGGGAAUGGAACGAAGAAAACAAGUGGUAUUGUUAGUACAAUGUUUUUUUUUUUUAAAAAAAUACCGUUGGGAAAUAUAAUAGGGUGUAUUUGGUUACCGUUCUCAAAA